AUGCGGCCCAAUCGCUCGUUUUUGGGCUCAACGCCUCGAAACUUAUCACGACAUUUCCCCUCAUUCUCAGCCAUAUCAAGACGCCAAUUCACCGAUGCAGCUUCUCAUUCAUCCAAUAAGAUCCAAGUUUACACUUCAACUUCUCGUGAUCCCUUCCUGAACCUCUCUGUUGAGCACCAUCUUCUCCAGAAGACGCCCCCUGAGUCAACCAUACUCUUCCUCUACACCAACGAUCCUUGUAUCGUCUUUGGUCGAAACCAAAAUCCAUGGAUGGAAGUGAAUCUUCGAAGACUGGCCCAGUUCCGUAAUGAUCCUGCAAGCGUAGGUUGGACUGGUGGGCCAGUGCAGCUUGUUCGUCGCCGUUCAGGGGGAGGCGCUGUUUUCCAUGAUGAAGGAAAUGUCAACUUUAGCGUCAUUUGCCCUCCUGCAGUGUUUGACCGGAACAAACACGCCGAGAUGGUCGUAAGAGCUCUCUCCUCUCUUGGAAAGCCGAAUACGCGUGUCAAUGAGCGACAUGACAUCGUUAUAGAUAUCCCUGAUGACCCAAUCGGCACCUACAAGAUCUCAGGGUCCGCGUAUAAACUCACUCGUCUUCGAUCUCUUCACCACGGAACAUGUCUUCUGCGCAGCCCAAACCUGAACAACAUCUCAGGCAUGUUGCGUUCGCCAGCUGAGCCGUAUAUCAAGACUCGUGGCGUCGACAGUGUCCGCAGCCCUGUCCGUAACGUCGGCAUCGAGAACGCUGCUUUCGAGGCUGCCGUUGUGGAACAGUUUGCAAGUAUGUACGGCGAUUUCGACGUCAGGGAGAUCAUCAGUGACAAGGUACUUGAGAUGGACAGUAUCAGCAAAGGGUACGAGGAACUACAGUCGCGGGACUGGAUCUAUGGCCAGACACCCAAAUUCACCUUCUCGACUUUCCCCUACGAGGAGGACCCUCGAGAGCGUCCUCAACUGGACUUUGAUACCAAGCUUCGUUUCGAGGCUAGACACGGUGUCGUAGACAAAUUCACAGCCGAAGGCCCAUCAUCCCCUACCUCAGAAGACGGUCUGCCAUCACUCACAUCAUCACCCAUCUACAACGUCUCCAGCUGGGGCGCACAGCUUUUCCAAGCUGGCAUGGCCGAUGACGAUGCGGCAAAGGUCGGGCCAUGGAUGGACGACAUCUUGGGAGUCGACUUCACGAAACCCCGACAAUAA